GAUAUUUAAAUGGGAACAAUCUGUAGUUAUGUUGAGAGCAUAGAAGUAUAUUACACAAACAACCGGCAGCUUUAAAUGCAGCAAGGUACCCCCCAGCUUGCCCCGCUUUUAACUCGAAGAGCUGUGCACUGUUUACAGCCGAAGCCGCUCACUCUACUUCUAGCCGGGUCCAUGUGGGUACAAUUCAACACCUCAGCUGAAAUGAAGGGGAAAUUUACGAAAAUAUUUGAUUUGAUCAGCAACUAAACCUGCACUUUUUGCCGAAGCGUAUUCACCUAGACUGGUUGAAACUUGGAUUGUUGAGAAGAAAUCUGCAAGCCCGUACUGGCCGAGAGUGGAAUUUCGGAACUCUUAUGAACAUUGACGUCCCGACCAUGAACACCGGCUUUGGAAUGGUUCGAUAUUUUUCGUGUGAAUAGAAAACGUCACCACACCACACUGGGGAAUAGUUAAGCAUUAUUUGGAGCAGCGGAGUGCGUUGUCGCCUUCGUAAAGGCCCUGAGGCAGUAAAACAGCCCCAAAUCAUGAUCUUCCCUCCACCAUGCUUCACAGUGGGGAUGAGGUGUUGAUGUUGAUGUAUGCAACAACUGCCGGAAAGUUAAGAGGCUGAAUGCCCCUGUGAAACACCAAAGAAAACAAAUGAUCUGCUGCCAUGCCACCGUGGGUGAUAUGUCAACUUCCAGUGAUAGCAGUUCGAUCCAUGCUAUUGAUGGCUGUACUUGCGACUUUCUGGGGCCUUACCUCAAAGCCUGGUUUUGCUGUACAAGGAACAGACUCAUCUAGCAAUUAUCCCACCUUUAUACGGAAUGAUACAGAAUUUGAGCACCUCGCGUUGCAUCCUCACCCGAGUGUGGGUCGAGUUUAUGUCGGAGCGCGGGACAACUUGUUUCAAUUGGAUAAAUUUCUCCAGCUUGAACUUCAGGACCACACCGGACCAAUCAUAGAUAGUCAAGAGUGCUUGCCUCCUGUAACUGAGAGUAACUGCCCUCAAGCAAAGCUUACGAGCAACCACAACAAGCUUUUACUGAUUGACGCAUACUCCAUGGAACUCAUUACUUGCGGCAGUGUCAGCCAAGGUAUCUGCCAAAAACGAAGUCUUGAUUCUGUCAACAAAGUCCUAUUCUCUACGGAGACGCCGGUGGAUACCCAGUAUGUAGCGGCUAAUCAUCCCAAUGUCAGUACUGUUGGGCUCAUCGUUCAGUCUCAUCCGAACAGGCAGCCGGUUCUUUUUGUAGGGCGAGGCUACACAAGCAGCCAUCCACCCAUUGCCACAAGAAACCUGGACCAGGAACCCAUCUUUUCUUAUGAGGAAACUGCAAAGUUGGCUGUGGCCGGGCGUCUCUCUGAAUACGACCAUCAUUUUGUUGCAUCCUUUGCCCACCGUCAUCACGUGUACUUCCUUUUCUACAGACGUGACUUGAGGUCAAAAUCACGCGAGUACCGUACCUACAUCUCUCGUUUAUGUUUGGACGAUCAAGCCUAUUAUUCAUACGUGGAAGUGCCCUUGACGUGUCGUUCCCGAGCAGGAAAAAAUUAUAAUCUCCUUCAAGCGGUUCAGCUCGGGUUUUCCAAAGAUGGCAAAAUGAGUCAAGGGUCUGAGAUUGUUCUUGGGGUUUUUUCCACUCGGCUAGCUUCGUCAAACCGACCGAGUGAGGAAUCUGCCCUAUGCGUGUUCAACCUGGAAGAUGUGGACCGCAGGAUUAACUCCACCAGAGACCUAUGUUACACACAGAUGGGCCAAGAGUCCGGAAUGGAGGCGGCCUACAUUGAGUAUGAAGUCAAAUCGAAAUGCGUCAACUUACUUGAGAACACUCUCGAUCGGUACCCUUGUGGGUCUGAUCACACACCUAGCCCCAUGGGUAGUCGGAUUGCCGUGGAAGCCGAAACCAUUUUGGACAGCCCCUCUGCUCGACUCACAGCUGUUGCUGUUAGCAUAAGGGCGGGACAUACGAUUGCAUUCCUGGGAGACUCCAAAGGAAAACUUCACAAGGUCUUCCUGGGGCCAAAGGGUGAGGUGGAGGAGUACUCCAUAAUCUCCAUUCAGCAGAACUCAGUCAUCAGUUCAGACCUUAUCCUGGAUGAAGAGGAGCAGCAUCUUUUCAUCAUGACUCAUAACAUGCUACAAAAGAGACCAGUUGCUGAAUGCAGGCAACAUCCGGACUGUCACUCCUGCCUACAGGCCCAUGAUCCCUACUGUGGCUGGUGUGUCCUGGAGGGAAGAUGUGUUUUGCAGUCAAAUUGUCGCCGUGGGGACCAAACCGGCCAGUGGCUCUGGAGCUUUGACAUGGAACAGCAGUGCCUGGCUGUUCAAGAUCUCAAUCCGUCCAACAUCAGCAGGGGGGAAAGCAGGACAGUCUCUCUGUCAGUUCCUGGGCUUCCAGUGUUAAAAAAAGGGGAGUCCUACUCCUGUUUCUUCCAAGGGUUCCACAGCCCUGCUACCGUCACUGGAAGUGGUGUCACUUGUAACUCCCCACACACCAGCCAAGUUCCUAUGGUACCUCCAGGACAGGAUUUUGUCACAGUCCUUUUAUCUCUUCGUUUUGGUGAUGUCACCGUUGCAGAGAGAGAUUUCAUCUUUUAUGACUGCACGGCGGUUAAGCAGCUUUCCGGAAGUAUGCUUUGUCGUGGUUGUGUUCUGAGCCGAUGGGGUUGCAAUUGGUGUGUUCACCAGCACUCAUGUACCCACAACCCAACCUGUGAGGAGGGAGUUAUCAUCUACAACCAACAUUUUAAACUACCCACCUCAGCUCCUCCCACAACCAAAAUGACAAAAGUUUUUACAACCCCAACCACCACCACCACAGUGGUGGCCACAACCACCACGAAAGCCAUCACGGAGGCUCCCAUAACAACCGCAACAACCGUUGCCACAACCACUACAGUUCCUGUCGCUGCUUUGACCACUCGGGCGGAGACCACCCCCGUUACACGUACGUCCCAACAGACCGUUGCUCUUCAGAUGACCGACACCCACACCAGCCCUCAGCCUUCAAGUACCCUGGCCAUCACCGAACCCGCACCCAUCACAUUUCUACCUCGAGACACUACAACCAGGAUGAACGAAUCCCCUGAUACAGGUGAAGUUAUGGUCAUCACUGAAACUGGCUUGGAGGGUGCUGAAGUUACGCCAAGUACAGAAUUAUUGUCUGUGACCACUGGAGGGGAUCUAAUGCCUAUAAUGCCUAUGGUGAUCCCACCCCCUGACUCUGACGUAGACGCCACAGAAGUGAUGACAGAGUUGCCCGAGACCGAAACCCAGGAACUAGGAGGAACACUCAGCUGGGUGGAUCCGCUCACUCCAACAUCAUCUGGCAUGCCUCAACCUACACCCUUUCCCAUUGGCGAACCAGCCAGCACCAAGUCAUCCAGCCUACUGGAUCUGACCCAAGCACCAUCCACUGUACCCCCCUUAGACUCUCAAACUCAGUCUCAAAGUAGGGACACUAACCCUGAUGCGCUCUGGCCCAAGGAGCAGGACAGCAUCACUGCGGAUGGAACUGUCCUUGCAGAAAAUGAUACCGCCACUUUUUCAGCUGCCACCGUGCUUUCCGGUGAUGGUGAAGUUGACCAUGCUUCCCCAGUUUAUCCUCAAUUGGUGGAUACUGAGCUGGACUACCAGUAUGAUCCUGCUGACAGCUUCCUCCCGGGGGAUGAGGGCUCUUAUGUCAGCUGGGGUGCUUCUGCUUGCCCUUGUGUGGAGAAGGUCCAGGGUUCAUCAUUACUCCCUGUCAGAGUGGAGAGGAAAAUCACUUUACUUGCCCGCAAUCUACAUCUAUACCAGGAUACAGAGCUGGAUUACCAAUGUGUUUUGGUCAUUGAGGGGCAAACUGUGGUUGUAGAUGCCUAUGUGGAGACUGAUGACAUGAAUCCAUCCAACUAUGACAUUACCUGUCAACUACACCAGUACACUUAUUCUGCUCCUGUGGACGAACAUCAAGCGAUGGUAUACGUGAAGAGGAGGGGCACGUUCCAUGUCGACAGCGCUCCUGAUCUUUAUGUGACUUUGUACAACUGUUCUGUGGGACGGUCCGACUGUAGUCGCUGCCACACAGCAGAACAUAAGUAUGGUUGUGUGUGGUGUGGAGGUGCACAGGCCAGUUGUUUGUAUUCUGGCUCAUGCGGUCAGCCGGUACAGGAGACAUGCCCUGCUCCGGUCAUUCAUUCUAUUGAGCCACUCUCUGGUUUGCUGGAAGGUGGCACAAUGGUGACAAUAACAGGCUCCAAUCUGGGCCAAAAAGCUGAGGACGUCCUCAAUUCUGUAUUGGUGGCUGGUGUGACUUGCGUGGUCAUACCCAGUCUCUAUGAAGUUUCCUCCAGGAUUGUUUGCAGAACAAAAGCAAGUGUUGGAGAGAAAGUGGGCCACGUGUCUGUUACAGUGAGUGGUGGAGCGUUUGGCUUGUCGAGUCAGACAUUCAGCUUUCAGGAUCCAUUUGUGAUGGGAGUAUUGCCCAAAAGAGGCCCGAAAGCUGGUGGAACAACUCUGACAAUUAGCGGCCGAAACCUGUUGACAGGCCGUCCUUCUGAUCUAACUGUCACUGUGGGAGGAGUGCCCUGUAAAAUUGUCUCAGAGGUUCAUCACUCCAGUGUACAGUGUGUGACAAGUAGCAGCAACAAAACGGGGAGUCAGCAGGUUACUCUGCAUUAUGGCAGCAGCCACCGCCACCUGCACACGUUAUCUUACCACUACACUCACAACCCCAACAUCACGCAUGCCAAGCCAACUAAGAGCUUUAUGAGUGGCGGUCGACUGAUCUAUGUGUCAGGCCACAACCUGGAUGUAGUGCAGGACCCGCAGAUGGUUGUGACAGUGUUUCCCGAUGAGUCCAACCAGAAAAAUAAGAGUAGCAGAAGGAAGAAAAGAAGUACAGCGGGUAGAGGCGAUCGUCAGAAGAGAUUGGCCGAAAUGGUACCUGACCCAGUUUGUUCGGAUCAGCUCUGCUCUGCCAAACAGCAGUUUACAGAACGUUGCGAGGUGAAUUCCUCCACCUUGAUCCUCUGUCGAUCCCCUAUGGUGGACUCGUCUGUUUGGGGAUCAAAGGUCACUGUGGAGUUUUUGCUGGAUAACCUGCACUUUGACGUCAACACUGUGAACCCGCAAGCCUUCAGCUAUGAGCCCAACCCUGUCCUUCGCCCACUGAAUCAGCAAGACCCUCUUAAGGCAUAUCGCUACAACCCAGGCAGCUUCAUCCAGCUUGAGGGGGAAAAUCUAGACCUGGCCAUUAACAAGGAGGAGGUGGUUGUACUAAUCGGGAAGGGUGUGUGUGCUGUUAAGACGCUUACUCGAAACCAUCUGUACUGCGAACCUCCACCUCAUCAGCCUGCAUCAGGAGCUAAUGGCAAGAAACGUGAGGGUGCUGACAACCUGCCCGAAUUUACCGUCCAUAUGGGAAACUUAAAUUUCUCUCUGGGUAAGGUUCAGUAUGACAAUCUAGGCCUGGCCACCUUUCCCCUGGAAGCUCAGAUUGGAGUUGGAGUGGGCGCAUCCAUUGUGGCACUCGUUGUCCUUAUCAUCGUACUUGUAUACAGGAGAAAGAGCAAGCAGGCUUUGAGAGACUACAAAAAGGUGCAAAUCCAACUAGAAAACCUUGAAACCAGUGUAAGGGACCGUUGUAAGAAGGAGUUCACAGACCUGAUGACAGAGAUGAUGGACAUGUCAAGUGACCUCGUUGGCUCUGGCAUCCCUUUCCUUGAUUACCGGAUGUACGCAGAACGCAUUUUUUUCCCCGGCCACCGAGAGUCGCCACUGAGGCGAGACCUGGACGUAAAGGAGUGCCGCAGACAGACGGUGGAGCAGGGUCUGGUGCAGCUAUCUAACCUUCUCAACAGUAAACUUUUCCUGACAAAGUUCAUUCAUACUCUGGAAAGCCAGCGGACAUUUUCUCCACGAGACCGUGCGUACGUUGCCUCUUUACUUACGGUGGCACUGCACGGCAAGCUGGAAUACUUUACGGAUAUCCUCAAAACCCUCUUGAACGACCUUGUGGAUCAGUAUGUGGCCAAGAACCCGAAACUGAUGUUGCGCAGAACCGAGACAGUUGUGGAGAAGCUGCUGACCAACUGGAUGUCCAUCUGUCUUUAUGCUUUUCUCAGAGACUCUGCCGGGGAGUGUCUUUACAUGCUUUUCAGGGCAAUAAAGCACCAGGUAGAUAAAGGGCCGGUUGAUGCUGUCACUGGCAAGGCCAAAUACACACUUAAUGACAACCGCUUGCUGAGAGAAGACGUGGAGUACAAGACCUUGACACUCAAUGUGCUAGUGCAGGGUGGAGGAAUGAAUGAGUGCCAGCCGCUACCCUCAAAGGUGCUGGACUGUGACACCAUCACACAGGUGAAAGAGAAGUUGCUGGAUCAGGUGUACAAAGCCACCUCUUUUUCUUACCGACCACAUGCUGACUCAUUGGACCUAGAAUGGCGGUCUGGUGUUGCCGGUCAUCUUAUCUUGUCAGAUGAAGACUUAACAUCUGUGGUCCAGGGUAACUGGAAACGACUCAACACCCUGCAGCACUACAAAGUCCCAGAUGGUGCUACAGUAGCUCUGGUGCCUCGCCACACGAAACACAUUCACCACGACAACCAUGAUUACGUAGCUGGAGAGAAAACACCAAUGCUGGAAGACGCAGAUGAGGGUGGCGUGAGACUCUGGCAUUUGGUGAAGGCCAGCGAAGAGCCGGAGCUCCCCAAACAUCGUAGAGGGAGUCUGAGGGAACGAGAGAGGGCCAAGGCCAUACCAGAGAUCUACCUGACCCGCUUACUUUCCAUGAAGGGGACCUUGCAGAAAUUCGUAGAUGAUUUGUUUACCGUUAUCCUCAGCACUAGUCAACCUGUCCCACUGGCUGUCAAAUACUUCUUCGAUCUGCUGGAUGACCAAGCUGGUCAACACAAUAUCUCUGACCCAGAGACUAUACACAUUUGGAAGACCAACAGUCUCCCCCUGCGUUUUUGGAUCAACAUUGUCAAGAAUCCUCAAUUCAUCUUUGAUGUGCAAGCCUCAGACCACGUGGACGCCGUGCUGUCGGUCAUCGCUCAGACCUUCAUGGAUUCCUGUACCAUUGCUGAGCACAAAUUGGGUCGGGAUUCACCCAUCAACAAGCUGCUUUAUGCUAGAGACAUCCCACGUUACAAGCAGAUGGUGGAAAGAUACUAUGCUGACAUCAGGCAAACUGUCUCUGCCAGUGACCAGGAAAUGAACUCUGCUCUAGCUGAACUAUCAAGGAACUAUUCAGAAGAACUGAACUACUUGGUUGCACUGCAUGAGCUGUACAAGUAUAUCAAUAAAUACUACGACCAGAUAAUCACAGCUCUGGAGGAGGACACCACAGCCCAGAAAAUGCAGCUUGGUUACAGACUACAGCAGAUUGCUGCGGCCGUAGAGAACAAGGUCACAGAUUUGUGACGGCAAACAUCCGACAGCAGUAUGACGACCAGUUGCAGUUUGGAGUACCGUGUUACUUCAUUUUCGGGACUAGAUACAUUCAGCAAAGUUUGGUUGAUUUGAAAUCAACUCAACAAUUUUAUUAUCUAGCUGCUGAAGAAUUAGGAAGUAAGACCUCCUAGGCCUUUUUUUAUACUGCGCGUGUGUGACAACCUAUUGUGGACAGUGAGAUAUUGUACAGUAAGAAUAUGAAACACAAUUCAGUCCUGCUGUCAUGGUGAUGUUCGGUCAUUUUAUUCGCUUGACGCUGCUGUAUGGUAAAAGUUUUUUAUUCUGUGAUGACUAAAUAUUUGUUACAUGUGAACCCUGGUUGUUUUUAGUUGUCCUUACUGUUUUGGUGUGAAAUUGAUCACAGUCACCAAUGUUUUUUAAACGUCAAGUCGCUUCAGAAAACGUUUUCUUUAGUGAUUCAUUGUCACAACAUAUACUGCCAGAUUACUUCUUCUUUUAGAUAUAUACCCUGUUAGUUGUUUCCCAAGUGCUGCUUUCUACCUCAACCUGCUGCGCUACAUGACUUUUCUCUCCGUUCACCAGCUUUGAGUGUGUUUUACACAGAGAACAUAGUGCGAGACAUUGCUGUUUAAAUGAACACAUUUCCCAUUUCUUUUGUCACAGUACAAUAAAUUGGAAUUUAAAGGGGCAAUAUGUAAGAUUGGUGGCCAAAACAUGGUACUGCAACCAUGAUGAAAAUCUUGACGCGCACAUCUCCUUCCUUCCCCUUCAGGCUGCUAGAUAAGUGCUUGGUAAUGAACAAUAAAGCUGUGUUAACAUACCAAUGUUCAAUCAGAAACUAGAAAAUGCUAUGUUUUUGAGGAAAUGCGUGGGAAGCUUUGCUGUUCUGGUCAGUAUAUCUGUAUUACAAGUACUACCAGGUGCGGUGGAAUUCACUCACGGCAGGGGGUGCUGAGGAUGUUUUAUUUUUCCCAUCCGAGAACAGUGGUUCUGGUCCAAAUUAGUCAUGCGUGCACAAUGGCAGUACCCAUGCAUGCUGGAUAGUUUACGUACUACUACUACUACUAGGCUACUACAAAGACAGCGUUCACCUACAGUAUGUGUUGGGAGUUUUUGUAUUGGAAAUAAAAGAGCCAGUGUAUUAUAAUGCAAGUCUGCUCAGCUAGAUGGCACAAUGACACGUUUGAAAACCGAAAGGUCCAAUAAGCCUCGGUUUAACUCCUAUUUACAACACUAAUAUAAAUUUCACACGAAUAUCCAACAGCGCUCUGCACAGGGGGAAGCAGCAACAACAAUAAUAUGGCUACAAUGCAAGCUCUUUGAAGUUUUCCACGGUCUAAUUCUGCAGCUACUUUUUCUCCCUGAGCACUAUAAUAAACUACCAUAAUUAUCUUCAUUUUCAACAUCCAAUUUUCGAAAAUGUCGGGUUUUGUAAAGAACAAAUUUUGCGGCAUGUUAACACCUCUCUGUCAACAUUUCCGUUCCAAUAACACCUUAUCCAGUGUGACCUGGUAGCAAUUAACAAAAAAUUUUUUCGUCUUUUUGCUGUUAAUGGAGACAGUUCUCCCCACCCCCGCGCAAUAAUCUAAAUCAGUGAAGUAGAGGCGGAGCUUAUUUACAUUAAAAAUUUAUAUAUUUUUUGUUUCAAAGUAUUUGGAAAGAGACACCUAUAUACGCCAUGCUUUUUUCAGAAGCUGUACGUGAUCGGAUCGGAACAUUGCUAUAAAAUCUUUUUUUCUUAAAAAAAAAUCCGCGAUGGACAAAGGAUGCGAACGUAACGAGAAAUCACUGUAUAUAUUUAAUCCCUAAAGUUAAAAACGCUAUUGUUUCAAUGUUUUAUUUAAUGAUUUAACAAUAAAAGAAUCUACCAAAACACUUUUUUCUCCCCAACACCAGGGGGUUCUUCAGCACCCCACUUCCCACGUGUACUACUAGUACAAAUACAAACAAGUACAGGUGCUUGUAGUACGAGUAAACAGACUUGUAGUACAAGUACACAACGUAUAUGAUUAUCCUUGUCUCACUUCUGCAACCUUAGUUUCCGAAGCCUAAAGAGCUCUUGUAACCUGGACGAAGACCAAGAACUUAUCUCGUAAUUGGCUGGUGGUGGAGGGCGGGACACCCAUUGUUAAUGCAGUCUCAAAACAACUUUCGAAAUGGGCAAAUCUCAGCUUAGUCCAGGGGUCGGCAACCCAAAAUAUUGAAAGCCAUAUUGGACCCAAAAAAAAGUGGCGCCGCAAAAAAAUUAAAAGCUCAACAAUGCAGGCAACACAUGUCUGAAAGAGAAUGAUGCACGACAUGAUUAAUCUGUUGUACGAUGCCGUCUCAAGUUUAACUUCAUUACAAUAUUAAUUAGUUUCUCCUCCUACAGAAACCAGAAUAAACCCCAACAAAUAUAUUUCCCUCCCCCAUCUUUUUCCAUUUUCAAACAUUUUUGAAAAAGCUCAAUGAAGCCACUGGGUCAGUCUAAAGAGCCGCAUCUGGAGCUGUGGGUUGCUGACCCGCCGGCUUAACCAUUGAGAACCGUGUCAGUAUUUACAAAAAACACGUUUCUUUAGUGUCAAUUCCAAUAUUAGGGACAUUUAAUGAAUAAUUGAAGCGCAAAUCAUAUAUUGCUCCUAUAAAAUCUGUUCACUCGAGUAGUUUAUGGUACUUAGGACGUGGAAGUGUCUACCCCCCCCCCCCCCCCCAACCUGUUUUUGUUUUCACACAUUUCAGGGCUACUGAUUGAUGUCGAUGUCACUCAAGUGCACAAGUCACUGGACCAAUAUUGAUAAAAUAAAAUAAUUUUAGAGAACUGAUCACCAGGACUAGUGUAAAGAUUAAUGUAUUAUAAUUUAAUGUUCCGUCAUAUUUUUUUUAACAUUCCUUUUGGAAAAUGUGGAUUAAAUUGUCUUUUUUUUUUUUUUUUUUAACUUGUACAUUAAAGUGAGGUAGCACAAGUGUUCACAGUCGGUACUAAGUGCCAUUUUGGGAUAGAAACUAUGUAUUAGAUGCAAGGUUGUAAAUUCAAGCUAUGUAUUGACACUGCUGCUAGACGUUUGGUCCUGAUCUUCUCAGUCUUUUCUGCUUAUUUCUGGGAUAUAUGAUGAUCUCUGCCAGUCUGGGUCUUAAGUGUUGAUGAGUGCGGUUAGGUCAUCUCAAUUUGUAAGAAAUGGACACGUAAGGCUUUCAGUUAUGGUUAGGUUUUGCUUGGUUCACUGUCAAAUUUGCAUUGUGUCUGUAUGCAUUUUACUGUCAAAGUUAAGUCACUGUCUAGUGAUUACACAGACCUUUCUAUGCUGUCUCAUAUUAGAAAUUCCAGAUUAUUUACACAAGCAGCUAAUGAUUCAUACAAAUCAAUGUCUUCUCCAGAACAACGGCAGUUCAGAUCUGAUAACGGAUUGGCAGUGAUCAAAAACGAACUUUCAGAGGGAGUAUGAGUCAGUUUGGAGAUGUACAGCAGGCCCCGCAAGGAGCCAAUUUAGAACUGUUUCUAUUUUUGCGUGUUAAUAUCAUUGUACACUGUUUUCAAAUGUUGCUGUAGUGAUGUAACCCGGUAAUUGAUAGAAAGUGCAAAUUUUCAGAUGCUGAAGUAAUAAAGUAUUCUUA